AUGGAGGAGAGAGAGAGGGUCGUCGACCUGGUCGGUCGUCAACUGGCCUCAGCUGAGACGCGUUGGCGACAAAUGGUUUUAGAUAAGGAGGCUGAAAUGGCCAGACUCCAAGACAUGCUUGAAGCUUCCAGACUUUCUCAGCAUGACAGCCAACCGAUCCUGGAAGAUCUUGCUCGUUUACAGGCAGAGGUGGCGGAGCUGCGUGAAUUUAACGCCGAACGACGGGGUAUUACAUUUCAACCGGUCCCGGAUCUACCGGUUUCUGUGGAUAAGUAA